CAAAUAGAAAAUGGCGAUGAACAAAAGAAUUGAUGAACCGUGUGACUUUGACAAACAAUCAGUGCGUGAAUUGAGGAUUUAUUUAAGAGAUAGAGGUGCACACGUGUCAGGAAAUAGGCCGGAAUUAAUAAAACGUGCUAAAGGACUUGUUAAAUUAGGUACGCGGCCACUACGUGAAAUACAAAUCGAGGACGAUCAGCGCUACAAACAACGACAGUCAGAACUUUUUUGUACUCCUCUUGGUGAGAAAAUACCGGAGCCCAAGAGUUUAAAAGGUGUGUGGGACAACGAUUUGUCCCGUUUACCAUUUUUCAGAACGCAGGAUUUGUAUAAUUACCUAGUUUUGAAUAAUGCAAGAACUUUUGACUCUGAAAACAUGAAUGCUAAAAGGCAGUUGAAAGCGAAAGUAUUCUACGAAGAUGGUCAUCUACACACAGUCAGAUAUCACAAAAUCACAGAUAAUUGUUCCCACAGCUAUGUGAAAGCAAAAGUUAUGCCAUCUCUGCCAAAUGAUUCAAAGAAGAAAACCGACUAUGAGGCUUGGGCCUGUCUGUUCAAGGUGUCCGGUAAUGUACAUGCAGCAGGAUGCAGUUGUGAUGGCGGUGAAGGAGAGUCGUGUAAUCAUGUGGCAGCACUGCUAUACGCCUUGGUUGACAUUUCAAGCAAACAGAAAGACGGCCUUACAGCCUCGACAUCAUCAAAAUGUAAAUGGAACCAACCACGUAAAAGGAAACUUAGUCCUAGGAAAUCACAGAACCUUGUAUUCAAAAAAAUAAAAUUUGAUGAUACUUCUGACCGACACGAGAAAGGGAAAUGUAAAAGUGUUGAAAACUUACAUAACGUGAAACCGUUGGAUAUUACUUCAUUUAGUCAAAACCUUAAAAACUGUGCACCGCAUGCUGCCAUUCUUUUAAGCAACAACAGUUUAAGCGAUGAAAAGAAGCCGCAAUCACAGUUGCCACAAUUACAUAAAGCCAUUGAUUUUAUGUACUGUGAUAAUGUUGACUUAACAAAUAAAGAAUGUCAGCAGAUAUUUGAAAAUUACUUUGAUUCACUUGAAUGUAGCAAGGAUGAUGUUUUAAUAAUUGAGCGGUGUACUAAGGGACAAAAUAAAAGUGAAAACUGGAAAGAAGCCAGGUAUGGGAGACUGACAAGUUCAAACUUUGGUGUUGUUUUUAAGCAGCGUGAAGACACAAAACCUGAAAACCUGUUAAAAACUGUGAUGGGGUAUAACUCUUUUGAUUCUGCAGCAACACGGUGGGGAAGAAGCCAUGAAGCUGCUGCACGGCGUUUCUACACAAGGGAUAUUCAGAAGUCCCAUCAUAAUUUGAAAGUGUAUGGUAGUGGUCUAGUUGUUUCUGUGGAACAUCCAUACUAAGGAACCAGUCCAGAUGGACUUGUUGUCUGUUGUGACAAAUGUAUUGACAAACAUGGAAUUUUAGAGAUAAAAUGUCCUUUCAAAUGUAGGGAAGUUUCUCCUAAGGAAGCAUGCAAUGAUAAACAUUUCUUUUGUGA